UUUUGUUGUUGUUGCGAAAUAAGGAGCUUGCCAUUGCCAUUUAAGUCGUGUGCGUUAACGUGGAAAUAAAUUAUGCGGUGGUAGAGAAACUUGCUGUCGGCACUACUGUGAAGUUUGCUCUCACGCAAGAGAGGUAGCCAAAACUGCGUGGUGGUGAUGUUUCAUGUGACCUCACAUUUAUCAACAUAAACAAAGUAUUUGAAAAGUUUGCUCAUUAAUGUAAUCCUAAUCAGCGCAGGCAGCAAACGUGUUAUCAUGUCUUGUCAACAUACUUCGUGUGAACGAAGCUAACGGAACUGGAGUGGCGACGACUGAAGAGCGUAGACUAUUUUUUUUAUUGCUAACCUAGCCCGUCAGUGCCAGGCAGGCUGCCAUACGGUUGACAGUCUUGUCGUUGGCACUGCUGCCAGCUCCAACCAAAUAGCCACUUCGGAAGUAGCAAUUCUUGCUUGAAUAAUGGCGACACAGAUGUUCGAGAACGCACAAGGGACACUGCCAGGGGUUCACCCCGAGGGCCAUUGGUCCCCUUACUCUGAGAGCAUCAAUCAGCGUAUGCGGGUUCCUGAUCGGAUCCGGGUGGCCCCAGUACCACUACUGGAAGAGGACCAGAGACAGGAGGAGCGUCAUGCCUACACCAUGCACAUACCAGACAAGCUGGCACUCACAGAUGUUCCAGACCUCAGUGUGAGGCCGGUCCUGUCCAAGCACGGCCACACCUCUCUCUGGGAGAUGCACCAGAGCGCCUUGGGCAUAGACACAUCUUACCCCCAGCACUCUGCCAACGUUGGUGGUUUUGUUUUUCGCAGGAGCCCCAUUCGGAGGUCUUACAGUGACCAGGCCUUUGGGCGUAGUCCCCCACACACUCCACGCUCUAAAGAGGCACUGCAGACUCCAACCUCCCGCAGUUCCAGUUCCAGAAGAGCCCUGGCGGCCCCCAUGGACCCUCUGGCAUCUGACGCCCUGUCCGCAGCCUCAGGCCCUGGGGCCCCGACCCCCGUCCCACUCAACCUGCUGUCCGCCCAGAGUGUGCUGCAGGCGGCCAAGGAGCUAGGCCAGCAGGCCUCCCAGAGGCUCCUCCAGACCGUGGCCCAGAAGUACUCCUCCAGAUUUGGUCUCCAAGAGCCUCCUGCUUCUGCUCGUAGCUCCUCAGAGGUUGUUCAGCCAUCCCAGGAGAACAGGAGAAGUCUGCAGCAGGCACCUGAGUCCUGGGUCUGCCCAGAAGAGGAGUCUGGAGCUGCAGUGGAGUUCAUCGUGCUGCGGCGACAGCUGCUGAAGAUGAGUCGACGUCUGGCGGCGCUGGAGCGCCAGAACGUGGAGCACAAGCAGUCGGAGAUGCUGCUCUUCUCCCUCAUGGUGUCGGCCGUGCUGCUCAACGGAUGGCUCUGGAUGCGCAGAUAGAAGCACACACACCCCUCCCGAACUACACUGGGACGCACACACACCAUCCCUAACUUCACUGGGGCCUAAUACAAAGAAGCUGGUUCAGGAGUAAACCAGGUUAAGUUAAGACGUAAAUCAUUUAAUAGAAGAGCCUGUAGUCCUC